GGAAUCUGCGGCCAGUUAGUUCGCACCGAAUUUUUCUCCAGCCGUCCCUCAAAACAAGGAUGCAAAUCUGACCCCACCUGCAAGCGACCAAGUGGUCCAGGGCUCGAGACCACCGCGUUUUUCUGGAACCAACCAUCCUUCCUUCUCAAGAGUCCAGAGUCCAGACCUCCACACAACGCGAACCAAGCCAACCAACUAACCGAGCAAGCAACCCAACCACACGAGCGGAGGAGCGUGCGAAACCCAAAGCGCGAAAACCCUCCUCGCCCAAGGAUCCCUCCCGCGGCGCGCGGAAGCAAACCCCCCCGACCGGCCGCCGUCGGGGGCCGCGGCAGGGACAGCGGAAGCAGCAUCACUCCGGAGCGGCGGGGCUCAGCCAGCCCUCGACCGGAGCGGGGGGUUCCGUAAUACUCUCCGAAUCUGCGGAAUCCGUGGCGGGAUUUCGCGGGGCCUUCUAGUUUCGGGCGAGACAAUGGUGGGGUUCGCGGGGAAGAGGAAGGAGUUGGAGCAGGUGAUGGACGGCCUCUCUGACUUCUCCCUCUCCGGCCCCGCUGCCAAGAGCCGCAGAUUGGAUGCCGAGCUCCCACCAAUUAUGGAAGAAGAACCACCUGCUCCUUCAAUGCCAUUCCAGAUGCUGGGAGAGAAAAUCAAUAACUGUGUUGACAUACCCAGUAUGGAAUUCAUGAUGGAAGGUCUAACAACACAUCAUGUGCCUAGUGAGGACAUGGCACUUGUUUUAUACAAACCAGUAGAUAAUUCCGCACCAUUUGGUCGUGGCAUCUCAAGUUCUUCAUUCAUAGUGAGUUCAGACUUGAUACGUGGUCUAAAGAACCAUGCUUUUGCGAACUAUCACGAGGUGGAGGAUGAAUCUCCUGAACGUAGGAACAGCUUGGCUUUAGUUCCUUGGAGACCACCACAAGUGUCUAUAAGAUCUGACUGGGUUGCCGUUGAGCCAGAGCGCACACGGAUUUUUGAAGUACCUAUGGACGCUGAUGAGACUGAAGUAACUUCUAUGGAUGUCGAGGAAACGCCAGAAGCAGUUUCGGGCGGAUUCAAUGGCGAGAACCUUGGCCAGUGGCUACAUUGUGUGACCCCGCCCUCGUUACCAAAUCCAUCCGCCCAUGUUAUGUGGUCAAGGUGACAACUGGGAGGCCCUGCGUGCUGACUACUGAAUCAUACCAAGGAUGAAGAAAUCCUCUAAUAAUCCUCCCCUAGCUGUGUGGUAGCUGUCUGUUUAGUUGAAAACAAAAAAAACUGGUUAUGCUUAGCAUGAUGUUUCCUGGUGUAGUGCUGAUCGUCCCCAGUAAUAUCAGUGUGAGUAGACUCCAUGUUAGAACCUGGUUAGAUUGGGAUUCAAUUAAUUGAGGUAACCUGUUGGAUUU